UCAUUAAUAAAAGUUCCUCGCUCUGUAACAAUCUCAACAAAUUUAUUGAUUACCAUUGCUCCUGUUACAUGAUUGUCAUUGUGAUUCUCAUCCAGUGUUAUUGUUAAGUUUUUAUGGUCAAACUUUCAUGCAUUAUAAUAUUCAUAAUGCAUUUUAAAGUUAUACUAUAUUCACUAUAACUAAAUGGAUUUAUGCUCAAAUUAUGAUAUUUUGUUAAGAAACCUGCAUAUUUCUAACAUAAAGAAUUCCCUUCUCAUUGAUAUUUAAAGAAACUAAAAAUUGUGUGAUAAAGCUUUAAAAUAAUGAAUAAAAUUCUUAUUCAUAUUCUAUUAUUAUAUUUGUUAGAAUAAUUUUUUUUACAGGAUCUAGUGGCGUAGACGAAUGAGAAUCCGUUUAAUUAGGUAAAUACCACUUUGGAUACGGUUUAGUGAAAAAUAUAAUGACUGAUUUUCAUAAGGUAAAUUUCUGGCCGGAUGCACAUAUUUUGGCGAAACAUGAUGGUAGUGUAUUCCACCUUACACCCGAUGUGCAAUUUCAUAGCCUAAAUUAAUGGGAUUUCCAGUAGACACAUAGCGUUUGUUCUAGCUGGAAUACACUAUCCCAGGUAUUUUCUGAAUCUUUCCUUUCUCAUGGCACUAGGCAUGUUUUCCCUACAUUCCUUCACAGUCUUUUGUAAAAAAGAGCAGUGUCAAAGGAAUAGUUUACUUUUAUUUAUAGCUUUUAGAACAGCUGUUAAUUUAAAAAAGAAAAACUUCAACUAAAUACCGUCUUUUAUUUGGGACACAAUCCCAGGUAUGAUUUGAACCCAAUUUCCAACACCUCUGAGAACCCCCUACAUUUUAUUUUUAAGGAGGAUAACCAAUGCAACAGCGACUUUCAUUUCGAAUGUAUAAGCAGUUUUAAAAUUUCCUAUAAUUUUUUUUUCUGAUUUGCCACAUGCGACGAAAUUAAUUAGCUGCAGCAAGGACCAAUAGGUGUUCAAGUUUGAGCCAAUAGGUAUUUCGCGCGCGCGAUAGCUGCGCCAUCUCUUUGUAAAUCAUGCAACCAAUUAGCUUGAGCACGGCCCAAUGGUGAGGCGCGUGCGAUAAUAUCGCUAUAGAAUACUUAGUGCCACGAAUAUUGCGAAUUACUGAGGUGAAUAAUUUCUUCUUCUUAAAUUUAUUCAUCAAUGGACACGUAUAUGUAGCGUUAUACCAGGACGGCAAUUUUGCGCACUAUAGAAGAAGAAUAAUUUGGGGUUAAAUAUUUAAGGUUAUGUCAUACUUAUUUGAACUGGUGCUGUUAUUUAACGAAAGAUAGCUUCAUCUAUUUCGUAUCAUAAUCCUGUUUGCCCCCAACUGGAAAAAUGGAAGUUCCUGGCUUUGAAGCAGGCGAUACUAAUGAUGAGGCGAUAUUCAACAUGAAACCUAGCCAAAAAUCUAGGAAGACGGGAGGUUUCCAAUCCAUGAAUUUAAGUAUCACCGUUCUAAAAGGGAUAACGAAACGGGGUUAUAAACAACCUACGCCUAUUCAGAGAAAAACUAUACCUCUGAUUUUGGAAGGUAGGGAUAUUGUCGGAAUGGCCAGGACCGGGAGUGGGAAAACAGCUGCGUUUCUGAUACCAAUGUUUGAAAAACUCAAAAGCAGACAAGCAAAAACUGGUGCUAGAGCCUUGAUAUUGUCACCGACUAGAGAGCUUGCAUUGCAAACACUUAAGUUCAUAAAAGAAAUAGGAAGAUUUGUGGGACUAAAGGCUGCGGUUAUUCUGGGCGGAGAUUCCAUGGAAGAUCAAUUUUCUGUAAUACAUGGAAACCCCGAUGUUAUAGUGGCAACACCUGGUCGAUUUUUACACAUAUGUAUUGAGAUGGAACUAAAACUGAACUGUGUAGAAUAUGUAGUAUUUGAUGAAGCGGAUCGUCUGUUUGAGAUGGGUUUGAGCGAGCAGUUGGGGGAAAUUUUAACACGGUUACCUGAUGCGAGGCAAACAGUAUUGUUUUCAGCCACACUGCCUAAGGUGUUGGUGGAAUUUUCCAAAGCUGGUCUAAGCGAUCCCGUUUUGAUCAGAUUGGAUUUGGAAUCAAAACUGCCUGAAGAGCUAAAAUUGUGUUUUUUCACUGUUCGUCAUGAAGAAAAAGUUGCCGCUUUGUUGGUAUUGUUAAAGUCAGUGGUAAAAAAGGACCAGCAGACUGUUGUAUUUGCCGCUACUAAAUACCAUGUGGAGUAUCUACAUACUAUACUGGAACAAAUGGGGCUAGAAAAUGCAUACAUAUAUUCCGACUUGGAUCCGUCCGCACGUAAGAUCAACGCUGCUAAAUUUAGCCUGGGCAAAGUUAAAAUACUGAUCGUUACCGACGUGGCGGCCCGCGGUAUCGAUAUACCCCAGUUGGACAACGUUAUAAACUUUAAUUUUCCCGCCAAACCGAAAUUAUUCGUGCACCGUGUUGGUAGGUGCGCAAGAGCGGGAAGGUCUGGCACAGCGUAUUCACUAGUAGCGUCUAACGAGUACGCUCACCUGUUGGACUUGCAUUUAUUUUUGGGAAGACCAAUGCCACUCGCUACGACCACCAACGCAGAUGGUGCGAUUGGGAGAAUACCUCAAUCUCUGUUGGAGGAUCAAAUGAGCUCUUUGCUAAUUGUUGAAAAUCGUUCAGACGUGCAAAAUUUACAAACAACGGCCGACAACGGUUACAAACAAUAUUUGAGGUCCAGGCAAGCGGCGUCAGCCGAAAGUAACAGGAACGUGAAAGAUUUGCCCUGGUCCAGCGUUAGCGUUCAUCCGAUCUUCGGGAAACUAGUUGAACGAGUUAAUUUAGAAGGAGAACACUUUAUGGACCGAAUGAAAGCGUACAGACCACAGGGGACGAUCUUCGAAAUCUGCGGUAAGAACAAGUCCCAGGAGUAUUUGGCGAUGAAAGAGAAGCGGGCUGCACAUAAACAGAAAAUCCUCGAUCACCGGCGGGAGUUGGAGGAGAAAAUGGCGGCUAAAGAGCAAAAUUUGUUUCAACCUGCGGCGAAAUUGCAGACGAGCAAUGAGGAGGACAUCAGUCGCGGUUUCAGCGACGUCGUCGUGCCGAAGCGAAUGCGAAUGGACAGCCUGUAUACUAGAAAGAGAAAGGGGCGGGAUGUUUUCGUGCCGUACGCGUCCGAGGAUCGACACGCGGAAGAAGGGUUACUGGUAAACAAUUUCCAAAAAGAGGCGAAGAGGGCGGAGCUGGAGCUGGUCGCCGACUCGGAACAAGCGUUGAAGAUGACAAAGCAGAUGAAGAGGUGGGACAGGAAGAAGAAAAAGAUGGUCAAUGUCGAGGAUCCUAGGAAAGGCAAAAUAAGGACGGAAUCGGGAGUAUGGAUUCCGGCCACCUACAAGACGAACCGCUACGCGGAUUGGAAGGAGAAAACCAAGAAGACUAUUAUCGGUGGUGACGACAUCGACGACGAAGAUAGAAGCGCAAAUCGAAACGCCUUUUCAGGCCGUAAGCGUUACACCCAUUGGGCAAAGCACAACGAAAAGGUGAAGACCAAACAGAUGAAGUCAGAGAUGAAGAGUACCGGUCAAAUACUAAAAGCGAGAGAGAUAGCAGAGCGGAAGAAACAGAGAAGCAAGAAGAAGACGAAACGGACAACGAAACGCAAGAAAACCCAAAAAUAA